UGGUACAUGCAGCGCAUGCGGAAGCUUGCCAUGUCCAUCAGCGCUAUGUACAAAGCUGCAUUUCCGAAGGAUUUUGAGAUUUACUGCAAAGCCUUUGCGGCUGGCAUUUGGUUGGAGGCUGACCCAAGUCCUUGGCUGGGUAGGGCCAUUGUUUGGAAACUAAAUGUCCUUCCCCACUGCAAUGGGUUGGAUGCUGGGCCUGCGGCCAUAUUUUGCAUGGGUCAAUAUAGCGGUGGUGAAUGCUACUUAACUGACCUCCAAAUCAAACUCAGAUACCACCCUGGAGAUGUUCUUAUAUUCCGCGCAGGUGAUUUAUACCACUCAAUUGGCAAUUGGGAGUCUGAGGGUGGAGUGACUAAGGGAGGCAUCAUGCCUGGCCACGUGGGCAAUGUUUUCUUUAGUCCUGCCCAUUCUGUUAACUUCUUAAAGAACCAGGGGCGCCGCUGGAUGAAGAGAACAGCUGGAGGGGCCCUGCCAGAAUAA